GCCGGCCCAGGACGGCGGGUGCGGCGAGGAGCUGGAGGUGCAGUUCUCGGCCGGGCGUUUGGGCUCGGCCGCGCCUGCCGGCCCCCCUGCGCGUACCCCCUCCGAGGAAGAGGAGCGGCUGGAGCGCGAGCACUUCUGGAAGGUCAUCAACGCGUUCCGCUACUACGGCACCAGUAUGCAUGAACGAGUGAAGCGAACAGAAAGGCAGUUCCGAUCACUUCCAGACAACCAGCAAAAACUGCUUCCUCAGUUUCCUCUCCACUUGGACAAGAUCCGGAAAUGCAUUGACCAUAAUCAGGAAAUACUGCUGACCAUUGUGAACGAUUGCAUACAUAUGUUUGAAAAUAAAGAAUAUGGAGAAGAUGGCAAUGGAAAGAUUAUGCCAGCAUCGACAUUUGACAUGGAUAAGUUAAAGUCUACAUUGAAACAGUUUGUAAGAGACUGGAGUGAGACUGGCAAAGCAGAGAGGGACGCCUGCUAUAAGCCAAUCAUAAAAGAAAUCUUAAAAAACUUCCCCAAGGAGAGCUGGGAUCCUUCUAAAGUAAAUAUUCUGGUACCUGGUGCUGGACUAGGAAGAUUGGCCUGGGAAAUAGCUAUGCUAGGUUAUGCUUGUCAAGGAAAUGAAUGGAGUUUUUUUAUGCUCUUUUCUUCCAACUUUGUACUCAACAGAUGUUCUGAAAUUAACAAAUAUAAACUUUAUCCCUGGAUCCAUCAGUUUAGCAAUAAUCGGAGAUCAGCUGAUCAAAUUCGACCCAUUUUUUUCCCUGAUGUUGACCCCCACAGUCUUCCUUCAGGUUCUAACUUUUCAAUGACAGCAGGAGACUUUCAGGAGAUUUAUUCAGAAUGCAAUACCUGGGACUGUAUUGCCACCUGUUUCUUCAUAGACACAGCUCACAAUGUAAUUGAUUAUAUUGAUACGAUAUGGAGAAUACUGAAACCAGGUGGAAUUUGGAUAAACCUCGGUCCUCUACUGUACCAUUUUGAAAAUCUGGCAAAUGAACUUUCUAUAGAAUUGAGCUAUGAGGAUAUCAAAAACGUCGUUCUGCAGUAUGGAUUCCAGCUGGAGGUGGAAGAGGAAUCUGUAUUGUCAACAUAUACUGUGAAUGAUCUCUCUAUGAUGAAAUACUACUAUGAAUGUGUUUUGUUUGUGGUCCGGAAGCCACAGUAAUGGUCCUAAGUGGUACUACCCAGAAAAAGGUUUAAUAUGAACAAAUGCUGAAAUAAACAGCUCACAGUCAGCUAUCAGUGACAACAGGACACAACCUCAAAUCAGUGGUGCCUUCUUAUUCCUAACAAAAUUUAGAAAUAGUGUCUAUUUUCUUAAUAAUAUCUAUUGCUUUUUUUCAGAAAUAUACUAUACCAUGCAAAUUUAUAUUGCACAGAAAAAAAAUGGAGAAAAUAUUUCCUGUGCCAGAUAUAUAAUGGAAGAAAUAUCUUCAAGUACUUUUCUUUGAAACCCAGAAUCGUCCUUCUUUAAAGAAAACAAAAACAAAAAGAAACCAAACUCCAGUCUUUCUGAAGCUGUUGCAAGUCUGCCCUAUUAAUGACUGAUAGUGCUGAAGUCCACAUUGAGCUCCUUUUGGGCUUUACAUUGCCUGUGUUACUUUUAGAAGAGGCUAAGGAUGCUGUUAUACUCAGCAUCUGGAAUUGGAACUUUCUUCUCAUUGAAUCUAAGUAACUCAUAAAGAAUAUUGAAACUAUUCUUUUAUCAUUCAUUUUUUUUUCUUCUUAGUCCAGCUGAAUUUAGAGAGGCAUCAAAUAUGUCUUAUAUGAAAUGCUAAUUCGGUUGUAUCACAGGUAAAAAUUCAAUGAAAUGCAUCAACAGAGAAAUUUAGUCUUUGUCCAUGCUAAACUGAAUCUUCUAUUAACUCCCGGAAAAUCCCAUUGAAGUGUAUAAGAUAAACAUUUGGAGGCACAAAAUUUUUUAAGCAGUGUUUGCCCAUCUGAAACAUAACUUCAAAUCAAUGAUGAGUUAUAAAGUUUGUCAGUGUAAUGUUUACAAUGAUGUCUUUUAAGUAUGUGGCUUAUGAAAGCAAGCACUUUUUUAAGUUAAAAUAUAUUUUAGUAAAAACUGUCAUGAUAGAAUUAAUGUGAGAAGUUUUGAGUAUGAAAUUCAGGGAUAAGUUAAUGCCCAUGGUCUGUCUUCAGUAUCCUAGGCAGCAACCAUUCAUGGAAUUUCAGAUUAAUAACAGUUUUGUCUCCUGGUAGAGUUGGAAUUUAAACAGUGUGUGUGCUGCUUUAAUUUUCUACCUCUAGGGAGACCUGUUUGGGAGGGAAUUUCCUUGCUGCUGUUAAUUUUGACAUUUGUUACUCUGUUUCCAUUAGCUAGGAGAGUAAAGAUGACUGAUGUUUUUACUUCUACAUGAAAAGAAAAGUUCUUGCUGAAUAUUUCACAGAUGCUUGUGACCUCUGUGGCCUUCGGAUUAGAUAGAUUUAGUAUGUGCUGUGGCAUAACUGUCAUGUUGCCAUGCUUUCAUACAAAUCUUCAGGCCUUUGUGUUGCUAUGGGAUCUACUGUCCUUCUAGUUGGGGGUUCUACACAGUGUAGGAAUUGCCAUCUGUCCUCCCCUUAGGAAGUCCAUGGCACCAUGGAGUGCAUUUUACUUACGCUAUGUAAAUCAUACUCCACUUACCUUUGAAAAUUAUUUCUUGUUCUUCCAGUGCUCAGUACUUCAUCAUGUUCAUUUGGUGGAAAUUCUCACUUCUUACUAUUGGCAAGGAUGAAAAGUCUCCCAGAAUUAUUUUUUUUAAGGAAAAAAAAUUUAAAGUGUUUUAAAAGGCGUUCACUGAACACAAGGCAUGCAUGUUUUUGUUUUUGUUCAGUUGUUACUUAGGAAUGCUCUUUAUGAAUUUUGUAGUAUUUCUCGUAGCCUGCUUGUUGUCUUUCUUACAAAUGUAAGAACAAACUGACACCAGUGGGUUGGUUUUGUUACCUAAAGGUUUUUUCCCUGCCAUGUUUUACUCUGAAUAAUACCACUUACAUUUCUAAAUUAUAUAUUUUACUUAUCUCUGAAGUCAGUUAAUCCUUUUAUUUUUAGUUUUUUUCCUUAUAUCAUGAAUAUUUUUAAAAAUAUUCCUUAUAAGUUUGCAUUACCCUUAUCUGGCUUUUGAAGUUAAUAUAUUCUAAAUUUGAAAAUAAGGUAUAAAUCAAUAAUAGAAGAGUCACUGGAGGACUUUAGUUUUGUAUUUUUAUAUUUAGGUUGAGCUGCUUAACCGUAUAAGCCUUGAAGUUUUAAAUUUUUUUUCCUAAAUUUGCUCAUACACAAAUUUUUUCAUCAUAAGGUGAUCAUGUGCUUGCUGUUUUUAAAUUUUGACUUUUUGAUGUGAUGCAAAUUUAGGUUCUGAUCAGUGAGCAAGAUAGGGCAUAUAAAAUAUACAGGGAAGCUGCAGAAAUCACAGUAUGAAAUGAUCAAGUUUGAGAACUGUAAAGUAUAUGGUAUUUAUAUGUAAUUCACAUUCUAAAUGUUGCCAGAAAGUUGAAUUGGAAAUUUCAUGUCUGCAUGAAAUUUCCUAUAUUUUUAAUGUGUACAUGAACUUAAUUUUUCUUAAAUAUUAAAGUCUGCCAAUUGCUAUAACA